ACUUGUCCUAGUUUGUCUCCUAAAUUUUCUCAACCUUAAAAAAACCACAACCACCACGCAUUAGUUUCAUACACUCUCUUAACCAAUUCAAACUCUAAAACCAAUUCCAUUGCCAGCCAUUUUCUUCAGAAUUUUCUCAUUUGAUUUACCAACAUUUCUUCUCUCUUUAAUUGCGAAAAAACUCGCCACCACCACUUGCGGUAGCCGGCGCCGCAACAACAACCGCCGGUCUCCCUUUCCGACAUUCAAUUGCACCACAAAUAAAAAGAAUAAUGGCCACAGAGGAACUCCGACGAAUUUUCCAAAUGUUCGAUCGAAACGGUGACGGUAGAAUAACGAAAAAGGAGUUAAACGAUUCGUUAGAGAACAUGGGAAUAUUCAUUCCAGAUUCAGAAUUGUCUCAAAUGAUCGACAAAAUCGACGUGAACGGCGACGGAUGCGUCGACAUUGACGAAUUCGGUUCACUUUACCAGACGAUAAUGGACGAACGCGACGAAGAAGAAGAUAUGCUUGAGGCGUUCAAUGUGUUCGACCAAAAUGGAGAUGGUUUCAUAAGUGAAGAUGAAUUGAAAUCUGUGCUUGCGUCGUUAGGGUUAAAGCAAGGACGAACAAUAGAGGAUUGUAAGCAAAUGAUAAAGAAAGUGGACAUUGAUGGAGAUGGAAUGGUGAAUUUCGCCGAGUUUAAGCAGAUGAUGAGAGGGGGUGGGUUUGCUGCUUUGAGUUAGUUUAUUUUUUUAAUUGUUAAUUUUUUUUAUAUUUAAAUAGUAUUAAGCAUCAACUUCUUAUUUUUUAUUUUCAUAUGUUGUGGCAUGUAAAUAAACUUGUUGCUAUUAUUUUAUUUUUUCAAUUGUUAAAUUGUGUUUGGCUUCU